ACAUUUUUCCUAUCUUUUGUUGUUACAGUGCUGUCUUUAAGAAAUACUCAGGAAGAGGAACCACCGGAUCCCCAAUUAAUGAGGUUGGACAAUAUGUUGAUCGCAGAGGGUGUUGCUGGACCGGAAAAGGGUGGCGGUGCUGGAGCGGCGGCCUCUGCAGCGGCUGCAGCCGCUGCUGGAGGACCACCUGGACAACCUGACAACGCUAUCGAGCAUUCGGACUACAGAGCCAAACUUGCCCAAAUUAGACAGAUUUAUCAUCAGGAGUUGGAGAAAUACGAACAGGCGUGUAACGAGUUCACAACUCAUGUAAUGAAUUUAUUGAGGGAACAAAGUCGCACCAGGCCAAUCACGCCAAAAGAGAUUGAGAGGAUGGUUCAGAUUAUUCAUAAGAAGUUCUCCAGCAUUCAAAUGCAACUGAAACAGUCUACCUGUGAGGCUGUGAUGAUUUUGAGGAGUCGAUUCCUCGAUGCAAGGCGUAAAAGACGAAACUUUAGCAAACAAGCCUCUGAAAUCCUCAACGAGUAUUUCUAUUCACACCUGAGUAAUCCAUAUCCAAGUGAAGAAGCUAAAGAAGAACUCGCACGAAAAUGUGGAAUCACCGUGAGUCAGGUUUCUAAUUGGUUCGGCAACAAGAGGAUACGCUACAAGAAAAACAUAGGUAAAGCACAGGAGGAGGCGAACUUGUACGCAGCCAAAAAGGCAGCUGGAGCGUCGCCGUACAGUAUGGGUGGUGCCAGCCAAGGCACCCCGACGCCGAUGAUGUCGCCGGCGCCACCUGGUGGCCCGCAAGACAUGGCCGGAUACGGGAUGGGCAUAAACGGUAGCGAUUAUGGCUCGCAACCGUACAACGACGGCUCGAUGGGCUACGAUCCUAUGCACCAGGAGCUGUCGCCUUGAAAUACUUAGAGGAAUCGCAAGAAGAUACGCGAAACAGACAAUUAACGAGAAUGAAAUACGAUGUAGGAACAUAUAAUAUGUAUAAGUUGUAUCGUGAAAAUGCUCGCGCAAUACGAUCACCUCACUAUCUGUGAUCCGAGGCUCGCCCACAAAGGCGGGUAAUACGAACUAAAACAAAAAAAACAAAAAAAGAAAAACAAAAACAAAAAAAAUAACGAUAUUAAGCUAUUAAUGUUAUGUAAUACAGAUUCUCUAAGCGAGAAGCGUUCACGUUUCUAAGUGACGUA